UGGGUUCCCCACCGCCUAUAUCCCAAGGUUCGAAUAUAGUAGAAGGCUUACUAGAGGAGCUAGCCCAAAUAAACUUAUCUGAAAUCGAUUCUCUCAGGCUUGAAUUGAGAUGGGUAAAGGAGGAUUUAAAUUCAAAAAAACACGAAAUAGAAUAUAUAGAAAAGAGGAUCGAGACAACAGAUAUUAUAUAUAAACAGGAAUUAGAUAGAUUAUAUUCGGCGCAAUCAAAUUUGAUGGAGGAAAAUUCUCACCUUCGAGUUUUAGUAUUAAAGAAAGAUAAUGAAAUAGUCUCAGAAAGAUUAGCUGAGUAUGAGCCUCCCCUUACAAAUGAUACGAAAGAAAGAGUAAGUAAACAGGUUCCAAAAGAACCACAACUUUCUGUUCUUAAUCCUCUACUCUCCCAAAUAUUUUUUGUAGAUGGUGCAGAAGCCAAGCCUUUACUAACAACUGUCUCUAUCAUUGAAAAAAAUAUGAAAAAAAAUAACCAAUAUAUUCAGACUAGCGAUUUACAUCUCCAGACAUAUCUGUAG